AUGUACUUCUGCAACACCUGCGGGCAGCCCCUCUGUGCCCCGUGCCGCGAGGAGACCCACCGCGCCAAGAUGUUCACCCGCCACGAGAUCGUCUCCCUCUCCAAGCGCACCAAGGACAUCCACAAGAAGUGCCCGCUGCAUGAGGAGCCCUACAUCAUGUUCUCCACCGAGAAGAAAUCCAUGCUCUGCAUCAACUGCUUCAGGGACAUGCAGGGGGAGAGCCGGGCGCACUGCAUCGACAUCGAGACGGCGUACAUGCAGGCCUGCCAGCGGCUGGACCAGGCAGUGAUGGCUGGGAAGGAGCUGCAGACCUCCACGCGCGAGGCCAUCGUCCUUCUCAAGGCCAUGAUCGAGGAGGUGCGCAACAGUGCCAGCGAGGAGGAGGCAGCCAUCAACUCCCUCUUCGGCCGCAUGCAGGAGCAGCUCUCUGAGAGGAAGAAGACGCUCCUGAAAGCCGUGCAGAGCCAGCAUGAGGAGAAGGAGAAGGCGUUCAAGGAGCAGCUCGCCCACCUCGCCUCCCUGCUGCCCACCCUGCAGGUCCACCUGGUGACCUGCUCGGCCUUCCUGAGCUCCGCCAACAAAGCUGAGUUCCUGGACCUGGGCUAUGUGAGUGUGCCGUGGGGUGUCCGGUGCACCCAGACCAGCAAGAUCAACAGCGAGUACCGGGCAGAGUUUGCCCGCUGCCUGGAGCCCCCCGGCCCCCGCCGCUCCGUGGUGGGCAGCGCUGGUGGCAUCGGUCCUGGCAUCACUGGCACAAACAUGCUCCCUGGUGGCCAAUGCUCCAAGACCCUCAUGGUGCCCGGCUGUCCUCCCGACAGCGAUAAAAUGUCCGCUGGCCCCAUAGUGCGGAAGCCGACAAUGCACCGGUACAUCAGCACCAAGGUCCUGCUGGCCGAGGGGCGCGAGACCCCCUUUGCCGAGCACUGCCGCAACUACGAGAACACCUACCGGAUGCUGCAGACGGAGAUCCAGGGCCUGAAGGACCAGGUGCAGGAGCUGCACCGCGACCUCACCAAGCACCACUCACUCAUCAAGACGGAGAUCAUGAGCGAGAUCCUGCAGAAGUCCCUGCAGAUGGACGUGCAGAUCGCGGCUCACUACUCCGCCGUGGAGAUGAUGCGCAGCGUCUUCGAGGAGGGGGGACCCGGCCGUCGCUCCCACCCCUGCUGCCACAGACUGCAGGAGCCCCGGGAGCCCAAGGAGGAACAGGCGCAGAUGCUGCUCAAGAUCUGUGACGACAGCGAAGCGGCACCAAGGGAUGCCUCGCCCGGCAGCAAAGAGGGGGCUGCAGCCAGCCCCAGGGAGGGCAGUGCGCCUGGCAGCACGCCCAGAGACCCCUCCCCAAAAAGCAAAGACCGCUGCAGGGGACAGCAGAAAAGCGGGGCCGAGAGCUCUGCCCGGGCAGAGCCUGCACCGUAG